AUGGAAUUUGGCCUCAAGCCAAACAGCCGCUACCCUUCCUACUUCAAGAGCCCCCGGCCGCACUCCCGCCGGGGACGCAGCCGAAAAAAAAAGCGGAGGGAGAGGAGGAGGAGGAGGAGGAGGAAGAAGAAGAGGGACGGACAAAUGAAAAUGAGACCUGGAGAGGUCCUUAUAGACUGCUUAGAGUCUGUUGAAGAUACCAAAGGAAACAAUGGAGACAGAGGUAGACUGCUUGUGACAAAUCUGCGGAUUAUUUGGCGCUCAUUGUCAUUGCCCAGAGUCAAUCUCUCUGUUGGUUACAACUGCAUUAUAAAUAUAACCACAAGAACUGCCAACUCGAAAUUACGAGGGCAGACAGAAGCUCUGUAUAUAUUGACUAAAUGUAACAAUACACGGUUUGAGUUCAUAUUUACCAAUGUUGUCCCCGGGAGUCCCAGACUCUUCACUUCAGUUAUUGCUGUACACAGAGCUUAUGAAACUUCUAAAAUGUAUCGUGAUCUGAAGCUGAGAAGUGCAUUGAUUCAAAACAAGCAACUGAGAUUAUUACCACAAGAACAAAUAUAUGAUAAAAUCAAUGGAGUUUGGAAUUUAUCAAGUGACCAGGGAAAUUUAGGAACGUUUUUUAUUACUAACGUGAGAAUAGUUUGGCAUGCAAAUAUGAAUGACAGCUUUAACGUCAGCAUACCAUAUCUACAAAUUCGUUCAAUAAAAAUAAGAGACUCAAAGUUUGGCUUGGCGCUUGUGAUAGAGAGUUCUCAGCAGAGUGGAGGAUAUGUACUUGGUUUUAAAAUAGACCCUGCGGAGAAACUACAGGAGGCAGUGAAAGAAAUUAAUUCACUUCACAGAGUUUAUUCAGCUAACCCUAUAUUUGGAGUGGAUUAUGAAAUGGAAGAAAAGCCUCAACCUCUUGAAGACCUAACAGUGGAGCAGGUUCAAGAUGAUGUGGAAAUAGAAUCUGAUGAGCAUACGGAUGCUUUUGUGGCUUACUUUGCUGAUGAAAAUAAGCAACAUGAUGGGGAGCCUGUUUUUUCAGAAGAACUAGGACUUGCGAUAGAGAAGCUGAAGGACGGAUUCACACUCCAGGGACUCUGGGAAGUGACGACCUGAUUUACACCGGCACGCGUUUGUGUCCUACGCCAGGAAAGGCGCUCAGUUCUUACUGGGCUGGUGGGAUUUGUAGGAGGUAAUUUAGAAAUACCAGAGUAGCAGAGAAACAACACGCCAAAGCUGAAGAGCGGGCAAAUAUUAGGUAAUGUGCUCUCAGGAUACGUCUUGAAAGAAAGAUGAUUCAAAACCCUCGCACGUGUAAAAGCUUUUUAUUUGUGACAUUGUUUCUGUAAGUAGCGGGAGGACAACCAACACCUACUGGAAGAAGGGGCGGGGCCCCAGCUGCUGGUGGGAGCCCUGCCCCCUGCAGGCAGUCACGUGUUGCACAAGCCCCAGAAGCCCCACCCUUCCCCUGGUCACAUGGCGUAAGGACG